AUGCAUGAGGCCAAACUGAGCAAGCAAGCUGAGUGAUAUGUUGACAUGGCAGCCUGCGUGAAGUCUGUAACUGAGCAAGAAGCCAUUAAUCUUCUCUCAGUAGCUUAUGAAAAUGCUGGAGCCCAUAGAUCAUCUUGGAGGGUUGUCUCAAGUACUGAGAAAAUGAUGGAAGGUUCAAUGGCUUGAGAAUACAGAGAGAAAAUUGAAAGUGAUCUCCGAGAUAUCGAAAAUGAUUUACUGUCUCUUUUGGAAAAAUUCUUCAUCCCCAGUAUUUCACAAACCCAGAGCAAAGUCUUCUACUUGAAAAUGAAAGGAGACUACUACUGUUACUGUCAGUUUACUGCUGGUGAUGACAAGAAAGGAUUGGAGCAGUCACAGCAAGGCUACCAAGAAGCUUUCCAAGUCAGAAACAGAAAAUGCAACCAAAAACAUCCUAUUGUAUUGGAUCUGGGCUGUAAGUUCUCGUUCUAUUGUGCAAUUCUAAACUUCCUGGAUAAAGCCUGCUCUCUUGCAAAGACAGCUUUUGAUGAAGCCAUUGCUGAGCUUGAUAUGUUAAGUAAAGAAUCACACAAAGACAGCAUGCUAACAAUGCAGUGACUGAGAGGCAGCUUGACAUUGUGAACAUUGGAUGCCCAAGUGGACAAGUCUGAAGCAGGAGAAGGAGGGGAAAAUUAA